UUCACCGCGGACCUCUUAUUUUCUAUAGUCUCAUCUACUGAGAGCAUAUUACACGGUAUAUUCGUCAGGAGGAUAUAUUUAUAUGCGACUUGACGUGUUGCGUGUGGAUAUAUAUAUAGUUGUCACAGAGGACUUUCCCUUUUGCAGGCUAGCGCGACUUGGCCUGGAGAGGAAUUUAUACCGCUGUUUCCAAGGAAAUCAUCGUCUGCGUUGAGAGUUGCAGACAUCGAAAGCCGAAUCGUUGUUCACAGCAGAGCGAGUGAAGGCAUUCGCCAUUUUGAGGUCGAUGUCAGAGAUCAGGUGAUCCCGCCGAGCUCACCAUCAUCACCAUCAUCAUGGAAUAUAUAGGAAUUUUAACGUUGCUCAUACUUUGCGCCACAGCUCUUCACGAUGUCUCGGGGCAGAGAUUCGAGAGAAAAGACAGACCGCUAGACUGAAUGUCAGAGAUUGUGAUCCUGUUAUACCGUACUACCCAUCCACGACCUUCUUGUCCAGUGUGCGUCUCGCUGAGUUACGGCGUCAGAUGCGACUACCCUACGACUACCAGGCCUACAUUAUACCCGGAUACGACGCCCAUGGGAGUGAAUAUUUAGCAGAUCCUGACAAGCGAAUUUGGUACAUGACUGGUUUCAAUGGGACCGGAGGUGUUGCUAUCGUGACUAGCGACCAAGUGAUAUCAUCAAACUCCCGGGCAGCCAUCUGGGUGGAGAAACGGUUUGAACUCCUGGCCAAGCAACAGGUCGAUUGCAACUGGGAUAUACACGUCUUGGAUGACAACGAUUAUCUGAGCCCCUGGCAGUGGCUCCUGCGGGAAUAUGACCUAGAUUCCCAGGAGCUCUUAUCCGGGGAGCUCCGGGGAGCCGGACUGGAGAAUGGUGCUAGGGUCGGCUUUGAUCCGCUUCUCAUGCCUUAUGGUUACUGGUACGAGCUCCAGCAGACCGACCGCCUGGAGCCCCGCUCCGUCAGCCUCCAGGAGACGCCCCUGGUUGACUCCUCUCUGACGGUCGAGGAGCGUAAGACCAACCUGGUCGACCGGGUCCGUAUAGAGCUUGCGGGUCGGGAAGGGGUGGUGAACCAGGAUGGUAGUGACCCAGGAAGAGAUCCCCUGGACCAAUUCAACCCCUAUGGAUUGACCUACCCUGGACGGGAGAUCUACGUACAGGACAAGGAGCUGUAUGCAGGUUACGACUGGCAGGACAAGAUAUACCGCCGUCGUCAGACCUCACUGGGAAACCCGAUCCUCUACUUCAAGAAUCUUCGAGAACUCAUGGACGAAAAGGAUGUCGAUCUACUCAUCCUUACUAGGCUCGAUGAAAUCGCCUGGCUAUUGAAUUUACGUGGAGAAGAUAUUCCAUACAACCCUCUCUUUAUAUCGUUUGCUAUCGUCGGGACCCAGUACAUCAACCUAUACCUCUACGAUGCUAGCCGCCGGUUGGACACGGAGAGAUAUUCGGACCUGAGAGAACAUUUGGAGCUGGACUCGUCUAGGUGCUCAAGCUACACUUCGUUCCCGACUACUUGUUUGAGAGCUAGGGAUUUAUCAGCCUUCACCGAUGAUCUCAGUACCGUGUCGUUUAGUAAGAAGGUCUGGUUUAGUAACUCAUCUAACUACUUCGUCUAUAAAACUAUCACUGAGAGGCCUGAUGUCAACAAUGAUAGGAGUAAAUACAUCAUGGAGCCCUCUCCCGUCCUGCUCAUGAAAGCUGUCAAAAAUGACGUCGAAGUGGAGGCGAUGAACCAGGCAUUCAUUGCGGAUUCAGUGACGGCGAUAGAGGUAGCCGCUUGGAUGGAUGAUUUGCUCCAGAAUAUGGUUGAUCCAAAAGAAGGAGACGAUCGAUCGUUGACGGAAUGGCUGGUUGCUCAGAAGACUGAAACAUUCAGAGAAUCACAUAGCAGUUAUCAGUACCCGAGUUACGAGACGAUAGCCGCCGUAGGUUAUCACAGUGCCGACUAUUAUUACCACCCUAUAGAGGAUGACCGGUUUGCCAUACCUACCGGCAAAAUGUUCCUGUAUGAUAUGGGAGGACAGUAUAGAGAAGGGACGACUACCCUCGCCCGAACCUUCUUCUUUGCCAAGGAAUGGUAUGAGGAGAAUGAGAACCGUUAUGAGUUUGAUCGCACUUAUGAUCCUGCAAGGCCAACUGAAUUUCAGCAGGAGGUGUACACUCGUAUUGUACUGGGUCUCAUUGAUCUGUCCAUGGCGAAAUUCCACACAAAUGUAUACGGGCGUGAUCUGGAUGCCAUUGCCCGGCAAUACCUGUGGGACGUAGGCCUGGACUACUUUCACCCGACCGGCUACGGUGUGGGACAGUAUCUCACCGCUCAUGAAGGUCCUGUAUUUAUCCAUUCUGGAUUCAGUGUCGAUGAGCAGCCAUUUAAUCGCAGCAUGUUCGUCUCUGCAGGUCCGGGCUUCUAUUAUCGCAAUCCUGACAAUGACAGGGAGAGUGACUUCGGUGCUCGUGUCAGCAACGUUCUCUAUGCCAAACCCGUCACCCGAAGACCUUAUGAUUACCUGAACGAGGAUCUAAGUGAUGACGUUCAGUUUCUCGAAUUUGAGACGGUGACCUUUGUACCCUUUGAGCCCAGGCUGAUCACCUUUGAGUACUUCACGAGAAAACAGCUUGACUGGUACAACGACUACAACGCACAAAUCCGCGAGAAAAUGAGCGGCGUUCUCUCCGGUACAGCUCUGAAAUGGAUGAAAAGGAGAACGAGAUUUCAGAAGUACAAGUGGGAAUUCAAAGGUGGGGCGUCGACGAUUUCGAUGACGACCACAGCCUUCAUAGUUUCCCUAGUCUCUUUCAUAACGUCAGUUCUAUUGUUGUAGAUAUCUUAAUCACGUUGGAGAGUUCUUUUUCGAUUGUACGACACAUGCUUCUGCGACAACGAUUGCUAAGCGGUCAAGAUCAGAGACUCUAGAGUCUGUCCUCAUCAGCUCGAGUUUGCCAAGUAACCCGCCAUUUUCAGACCGAUACGCUCAUCCCAAACUAGCACUGACCGGUGCAAAUUUCCCGAAUAACGGGAUAUUUUUAAAACAAGACCAACAUUUCUCGGGAUAUUUUCUUGACUAAAUAUCCCGCUAAUUGCAACUGCGGGCUGAUGAAGACGCAAAU